AUGCCUUUGUUCGACGUAGCCAGCAACGUCCAGCAGACCGAGACAGCGGCGAGAAAGCGCAGUCACGCCGAGUUCGCUGAUGCCACUGUCCACCUCCCCACUGACGAAAGCCUCACGUUGGAGAAUCUGGGACUGCCUAAGGAUUUCAUAACAUCCGCCUCGAUGGCAGGCCUACCCACACGCCAAACAUCUCCGAUUCCUAUCAUCACUAUGCCCGCCCAAUCGCCGCCAUCGAGCAGCAGCCCUGCUGCUAUGACCGAAGCGGGAUCUAGCACACCCGACAAGAACUCCUUUUCCCCGAAUCCUACAUCUUCAAAGUCGUCUGGUCUUCAGAAGUCACCUAGCCCUAACCAACAACACCCCACGGCACCCGCUGUGCAACCAUCAAGUACAACCACGAUGUCCGCAUCAACUACCAACCAGAUUCAGGCGGGUGUUAAACGAAGGCAUAAAGCUGUGAAGACCGCCGCCGAGAAAGCGCAAGAGGAGCAAGAGCGCGCAGAGAAGCGGCGAAAAAAGGCCGAGGUUGAUGCAGAGAGAGAAGCUGCGAAAGCCGAGAAAGAAGCUGCCAGGCUCGAGAGAGAAGCUGCGAAACGUGAGAGAGACGCUGCCAAGGCCGCAGAGAAAGCGAAAGCCGAUGCGGAGAAGGAGAAAAAAGCGAAGCAGCAGCCCAGUCUGCGAGCCUUCUUCAUAAAACCCAAGCAAGUGGAUGUUGGUCCAACGACGCCUGUGAAGCAAACAAGUGGCAAUACUGCCAAAGACCGUACGACAGAUGAUGUUGCGAAUGCGAGCCCGGAUCUCGCCAAGAAAGACCGCAAGACGAACAUGUCAGAGUACGAGCGCAGAUUCAAGCCAUUCUACGUCAAACAGGACGUGACUAUGGCUGGGCCGUCGUCAUUUUCUAUGGACGAAGAGACGAAGCAGGCAAAGUCCGACAUACUGGAUAAGUAUAUCUGUGGAGAGCGUGGCGAGGUUUCCGUCACACCAUUUGAACCUGUGAACGCCUUCCAACUGAAUGGUCUGCAUACCAGGCGGGGGAUCCUUCAUUUCAGUGUUGCAAAGAUCAUGUCCGAGAUGUACGGCGAUCCCGUUGACAACCGGCUUGGUGUCCCGCCCAUUAGAACGGAGUCGCAAAUGGUUCGGUACAAUAGCGUGCAAGAGCAACUCGAUGCGAUUCCGAUAAAAAUACUGUCCUUCUAUGAGGACGUACGCCCGCCGUACGUUGGCACUGUCACAUCCAAUAUGGACUGUACCCUCCACAAGCUCGCGCGUCGACCGACUGGCCGCGUCUUAAAACUCAACUACGACUACGAUUCUGAGGCCGAGUGGGAGGAAGAAGAGGGCGAGGAUCUUGAUGAUUGUGAGGAAGAAGAUGACGACAACGAGGUUGACGAGGAAAUGGCAGAUUUUCUGGAUGAUGCCGAUGAUGCAGCCACUGCCCGGCCGGGCUUUCUGCGCGAAAGUUCACCAAAGAGCACUGGUAUUUGUUUUGAAAAUGCGAAGCGGCUUGGGCCCCAGCCCGCUGCUUACAAGUACCGCAUGGAGUUCCUUUUGGAACCUCUCCAAGAUCAUUCCAUGAUUGAUCCUUUUUCGACUGAGUACUGGCAACCGAAGCCUUCGGCCUCAAGGGCAGCUGCAGCGGCUGCUCUUCAGCAACCGCCCGCCCUUCCCACAUCUGCGCCUAUGGGACCUCCCGCAGCACCGAGUGACGCGUUUGCGAGGCUGGCCGCAUCAGCUGCCGGCUCUGCCUCCACUACGGACGUCAAGGACAUCGUCCCGAAACAAAUUCUUGACGAAUUUAAACGUGCUGUCAUUAGUGAUGACAUCAAUUUCCUCACCAAGGUGGGGAUUGUUGAUAUGCUGGCGAAGAGAUUUCCUCUGUGCACACGCGCGCAAGUCAAAAAUACCAUUGAGAAGAUCGCUGAACGAGUUCCUGUUCCCGGUGGACGAAAGUCGGACAAGCGCUGGGUGUUGCUCCCCGAAUUUGCUCUUUGA